GUUUCCAGAUGUUGACCGAAGUCUCAAAGGUUGUUGUGAUGUUUGAGCGCUCUGCAGGACACUGACCUGAGCUCAGCUCAAACCUCACACAUCUGACCGUCUCAGCGCUCGUAUAUCUACCUGUUCAGAAUGAAGGCUGCUGAUUGGUUGUUGGUUCUGGCGUCCCUGCCCCUCGUCUCCUUCGCCUUCGAUUCGGACAUCUGCAGCGCCAAACCCAAAAACAUUGCCCUGGAGCCGCGCUGCAUCUACCGCAGCCCCGAGCCCGAGGCCGAGGCCGGCCAGCCCCCCCCCCCGCAGACCCCGGAGACCAUGCCGGAGUCCACCAACCCCCGGGUCUGGGAGCUGUCCAAGGCCAACAGCCGCUUUGCCCUGUCCCUGUACAAACGCCUGGCCCUCGGCAAGGCCCCCGAGGCCAACAUCUUCAUGUCCCCCAUCAGCAUCUCCACGGCCUUCGCCAUGACCAAACUGGGAGCCUGCAACCAGACGCUGCGGCAGAUCAUGGAGGUGUUUGAGUUCAACGGCAUCAAAGAGAAGACGUCGGAUCAGGUCCACUUCUUCUUCGCCAAGCUCAACUGUCGUCUGUACAGGAAGAAGGACAAGACCACCGAGCUGAUCUCCGCCAACCGACUGUUCGGAGACAAGUCUCUGACCUUCAACGAGACGUACCAGAACAUCAGCGAGGCGGUGUAUGGGGCCAAACUGCUGCCUCUCGACUUCAAGGGGAACCCGGAGAAGGCCCGGGUCACCAUCAACGACUGGAUCGCCAACAAGACGGAGAACCUGAUCCGGGACACGCUGCCAGAGGGGGCUCUGGACUCCAACACGAUCCUGGUCCUCGUCAACACCAUCUACUUCAAGGGUCAGUGGAAGAACAAGUUCGACACAGACAACGUGUACGUCUCGGACUUCCGGGUCAGCGAGGCUCGGACCUGCUCCGUCAAGAUGAUGUACCAGGAGACCAAGUUCAGGUACAUGAACUUCCCCGACGACCAGGUGCAGCUGCUGGAGAUGCCGUACCGCGGAGACGACAUCACCAUGGUGGUCAUCCUGCCGAUGAGGGACACCCCCCUCAGUAAGGUGGAGGAGGGUCUAGACCUGAACAAGCUGACGUCCUGGUUGGAUCAGAUGAAAGAGAAGACGGUGGCGGUCCACAUCCCUCGCUUCAGGAUCGGGGACAGCUUCAGUGUGAAGGAGAAGCUGCAGGACAUGGGACUGACGGACCUGUUUAGCUCCGAGAGGGCCAGUCUGCCAGGGAUGUUGGAGGACGGAAGUGAAGGUCUCCACAUCUCUGACGCCUUCCAUAAAGCCUUUCUGGAGGUGAAUGAGGAGGGCAGCGAGGCGGGCGCAGCCACCGCCGUCGUGGCCAUCGGCCGCUCCCUCAACUUGAACCGGGAGGUGUUUCUGGCCAACAGGCCGUUUCUGCUGCUCAUCAGAGAGUCCACCAUUAACUCCCUGCUGUUUACCGCCAGAGUGGCUGACCCCUGCGACCAGUGAGAUCCAACCACUGCGUCCAACCCAGCAAACAGCGUUCAAUAUCUUCACAUCCAGGGUUUGAUUUUCCCCCAAAGGACCAUGGUUUUUGAUCAUGUGAAGACAUGUAAUGUAAUGUAGAGGGGAGAAGUCCCGCCCCUUUUUGUGUGUCCCCUAUGGGACCUUAUUUCAGAGGGACUAUGUUUGGUUGUCAAGGCGACAGAUCCAUCUUGUUCUGAUCCAGUUUGAGUUACGGAAAUGACUGUUGAGAAAGAGGCAAUUUGUUGUUAAACUAGUAUGAGACUGAAAAGGAUGUUGAUGUAAAGAGUAGAGAACAAGGUCUUCUGUUUCUUCUGUCAUUAUAGCCCUUCAUUGUAAAGCUCCGAAUGAAGCUUUGUGUUUGGUACCACAAUGUUCUUUCUCUUUCCAGAGUCUGAUGGAAACACAUCAUACAAGCCAUACCUCGCCAGCUAGUGUUGGUGCCGCAAAGAUCUCUACGUAGACUACUACGUCUCCUCAACUAAUAUAUCUUAAGUGCAUUAACAAGAGUUAAAGUUGUGCUUUUGUUUUUGGAGAAUCUGUCAAUAAAACCAACUGCUCGUCGACAAA